AUGGAACGCGUGAAAAGCAAACGAACCACCCAGCGGGCUCUGCAUACACGUCUACGAACCGAAGCAAGACAACUCAUCGACUCCAACCAGCUCAGCCUUUCUGCUCUGCGGGUUUUGCACGAUAGACUGAAGACCUGCAAUGACGGCCUGCAGAAGCUCAACGAGCAACUAGAGGCCUUCCUCACGGACGAACAGACUGCAGAGGAUUUCGCUUCAGUAUGCGAAUACGAGGACAACGCAGCUGCAAGCUUGGCGCUGCUCCGCCAUCACAUUGAAUCGCUCCAAGCUCCAGGCCCGCCGGCUCGAGGAAUCGAUCAACAAAACGAAGACUUACUACUUUCUCCGAGCGCACAACAGAAUGAUCACGGCGAUCACGGAGGUCCAGGGCGGGUAGGUGCAAGACUUCCCAAACUAGAGCUUCCUCGUUUUGACGGAACCGUAUCCCAAUGGCAGCCCUUUUGGGAUAUGUUUUGCCAUACUGUUCACGAAAACAACCAUUUGACCAACAUUGAUCGGUACCACUACCUGAAGACUCUGCUGAGUGGGCCCGCAGCGAAAGCCAUUGCAGGAAUCCAGGUGAGCGAGGCAUCCUACUGCGUCGCAAUCGAAAUAUUGAAAAACCGAUUUGGAAGCGUAAAAAUUAUACAGCAAACGUACCUUGCCAACCUAAGAACGCUGAAGCCAGUCAAGUCAUCUGGUGACGUGACUGAACUGAGGGAACUCCUGGACAGCGUACAGAUUAACGUGCGAGGCCUAAAAGCGCUGGGUCUGCCGGAGCUGUCGUACGCAGCAAUGUUAUUAGAGGUUCUCACCAAAGCAAUCCCAAGUGACAUCGUUGUUGACUAUUAUAAACGACAGAGUUUCCAAGAGAACACAAGAGAAAAUCAGUCGUCAGAAGCAGAGCUUGAACAACUCUUAUGCUAUCUGCGUAUAGAAGUGGAAGCCCGCGAGAAAACUGGGCUCGUCGCACUCACAAAACGAAGGCUGCCUGAUGACACACGAAGCUCAUACAGCAGCCAUCUACCUUCAGCGGCGGUACUUCAUAGUGACGCGGCUAAACAGCAAAAAUGCAGGGGCAGGCACGCUACUGUUGUUUGCGAUCCGACGUACAAAGCAAAGAAAGGCUCACGCGAAAAAGGGAGCGCCAUCAUGCACGCGGCAACCAAGGAUGCAUCCGCGACCUUAGUGGAUAAACAGGUGCUCUUACAGACAUUUAGAGCCUGGUUGUUGAACGAAAGCCAGUCGUGCUACAUCAGAGGAGUCUUCGACAACGGGAGUCAGAGAACUUUCAUAAGAGAAGACGUGUCGAGGAAAUUGGGAUUACGCACGGAAAAAACAGUUGACUUGUCGAUCAAAGCUUUUGGAGGAUCUAACGGAGCACCACGAAGGAAAUACAACUUAGUACAAGUCGCCGUGAUGAGCCAGUUCAGCCAUUUUCAACACGAAAUCGAAGCAAUUGAAGUUCCAUUUAUCUGCGAGGAAUUAAUUGAAGCUCCCGCUGCACACUCUUUUGUCCAUGGGCUGAACAAGGAAGGACGGUAUAUUGCUGACUUUCUGUUAUUCCCUGGACUCAAAGGAGAAGCUGGUAUCAGCUUACUUGUGGGAGCAGACCAGAUAUGGAAAUUCCUCCUGGACGAAGUCUGUUUGCAUGGCGAGGACAAGUGCCUGGCGGCUAUAAACACAAAGCUCGGUUGGACCUUCCAAGGACCCGUGACAUCUGGCGGCGGUGUUUUCACAGAAGCUGGAACACACAUCUGUGUCCUCCAAACAAACGGCGUCGAAUCGGAAGUUUCCGACACGCUCCAGCAAUUCUGGGAGCUCGAAAGCAUUGGAAUACUUGACGCUUCAACGAACUGCAGCCACGACAGCGAAGUUCUCCAACAAUUCAGCAAGGAUAUUGCGUUUAAAUACGGAAGGUAUGAAGUAGCUCUUCCUUGGAAGAACCUUAACGUGGACCUGUCAGACAACCAUACGGUUGCAGUCAAGCGGCUACACAGCUUGGAUAUGUACAACGCUCACCGCUGCCUCGAUCGUCUCGAUGUUCUCUGUCAAGACGUUUCGCAAACAACUGCCGUUCACCGACGACGCGUCGUGAAGGUACACUUACGGCCCAGGAACUUCGAGCAGCCGAGAACGUAUGGUUACGUCAAGUACAGCGAGAAGCAUUUGCAGAUGAAAUGCCACAACUAA